AAUGAGUAAUCCAAGUUACCAUGUCACCAACUGCCAGAAGGGGUGAAGCUGUAGAGAUUAAUGCUCUUUCAGCCAAGGACAUGCCUACGGCUAGACUAAAGUAAAACUCAGUGCUAGCUGCACGUAGGAAAGCGAAACUAACUUUUGCUGGCAGUGAGUCUUCGAAGGCGGCGUUGCUUAUAUGACUACCACUGCAGAAAGCAAAGACCCUUGUGCCGUCUGCAUGCAAUAUUGUAAACGUCUGGUUUCUACAGACAGUGUAAAUAUCUGCCGGGCUUGUACCGCCGAGAGCAUGGGAAGCGUAACGAAAGAGCGAUCCUGCCUCCAGACGACUACUGCAGAGGGUCCCCAGGAGAGAAGCCCCAGGCAAACCCCUGAGCGGAAAAGAAUACAGUUGGCAAAAUGGCUGAGAUUCCAGGCAAACGGAAAGUUUGGAGGGGAGUCGCUGUGUAACAAACACCAAGAGCCUCUGAAAGUCUUCUGUAUGGAGGAUUACACCCUCCUCUGCCUCGUGUGUGAGAAAUCCAAGCAGCAUAGAACCCACGCAGUGCUUCCCUUGGAAGAGGCAGCUGAGGAUUACAAGAAAGAAAUUCAGAUCCGCCUAGAGAUUUUGAAGACUGAAAUAAAUACUGUCCAAGAAUCAAAGCUUCUGCAAGAGAAACAAAUUGCAAAACAUUUGGAAGACUUAAAAAUGGAGAGACAGAAGAUUGUGCUGCAGUUCCAGAAGCUCCGCCGCUUUCUGGAGGAACAGGAGGACCUCUUCUUGACUCAACUGGCUGAACUAGAGAAGGAGAUGGAAAACGUGCAGCAGGAAAAUUGUAUCCAACUCUCUGACACAGUUUCCCUUCUAAACAGCUGUAUCAGUGACUUAGAAGAGAAUUGUCAGAGGCCUGCCAGUGAAUUCUUGCAGGAUCUCAAGAAAACCUUAAGCUGGUAUGAAAAAGGGAAUUUUUGUAGGCCAAUGGAGAUACAGCCUAGUCUGGAAAAGGAGGUCAAUGCAUUAUCUCAGAAAAGUAUUGUGUUAAUGGAAUACCUCAAAGCAUUCAAAGAAAUGUUGGCAAUUGAAAUGAGGAGAGAAAAGGCACCUUUCCUAAAUGCUGUGGUGCAGGCACAGGCAGACCAGCCGCAGCUCAUCAGGCUGGUGAUGUAUGCUGAUGCUCUGAGAACAGGCACAAUCGCAAACGUGACUUUGGAUCCACGGACAGCAAACCCCCAGCUCUUUGUCUCUCCGGAUCAGAAGACAGUGAAAUAUGGAGAUCGACUGCAGGUGCUGCCUGACAAUCCUGAGAGAUUUGAUCUUGAGCUCUUUGUGCUGGGCUGUGAAGGAUUCUGCUCAGGGAAGCAUUGCUGGGUGGUGAAUGUAGAGGAAGGUCAGAGUUGGGCAAUUGGAAUUGCCAGGGAAUCUGUGAAGAGGAAAGGAUACAUCAACCUCAGCCCUGAGCAAGGCAUCUGGGCUGUGGAGCAGUGUUGGGGUCAAUUCCAAGCACUUACCUCCCACUGGACUCCUCUGUCCCUGUUCAGAAAACCUAAGAGGAUCUGUGUGUCUCUAGACUACGAGAGAGGAUGGGUGGCCUUUUUUGAUGCAGAUCUUGAUGCUCCACUCUUCAGUUUCCCACCCAUCUCUUUCAGUCAAGAGAAAAUCUACCCUUGGUUCUGGGUAGGACCAGGAUCUCAUCUCAGUAUGUGCCUCUAAAAGUGCUUGCUUCCAUGGAAGCCGGUCUGUAGAUGAUUGGCGCUCCUUCAUUUCAUGGAGACUUCUCAAGUUUCUGUCAUUGCUAUCUCUGUGAUGCUGGAGUGUUUCUUUCAGUGGAUCCUAAAACUGUUGUGGCCUGAUGUACAUAUGCAAACUGCAACACGGUGGUUGAAUUGAACUCUACUUUGUGGAAGCUGCUUCAUGCAACAACAAUCUACUUGUGUUAAAUGUAUGUUGAGCAAUGUUCCUGACUCUCCUGCAAAUACCAUUCUUCUGUGGUUAUGCAAUUUCCAGUGGUGUUACAAAGGUCAUGAGAACCAUGUGGCAUCAUUUAAAUGGACAAACACUAGGUGUACACAAUUUCUUUUGACUUAUACAAAGCUCUGGUGCCAGAGCAAAAUAAAGUGUAUGUUUUAUA